AUGAAACUCCUUCUGCUGAUCACUCUGCUCACAGCAGGCGCUACUGCAGACAGCAUCAGCCCUCGGGCUGUGUGGCAGUUCUGAAAUAUGAUCAAGUGCCCGAUGACUGUUGAUCCCUUGUUGGACUACAACAAUCAUGGCUGCUACUGUGGCUUGGGGGGCUCAGGCACUCUGGUGGAUGAGUUAGACAGGUGCUGCCAGCCUCAGGACCACUGCUACACUAAGGUCAAGAAGCUGGAAAACUGCAAGUUCCUCACAAACGACCCCUACAACAGCUCCUACUCCUACUCUUGCUCUGGGAAUGAGGUCCCCUGCAGUCAUAGGUCUGCCCUCUGCGAGGCCUUCAUCUGCCACCGUGACCAUGAAGCUGCCAUCUGCUUCUCCCAGGCUCCAUACAAUAAGCAAUACAAAGGGAAUCCCUGUUAGAUUUGUCACCUCAGUUACUGGACACCAUCCCUGCCUGCCUGGUUGUCUUCACUAUACACUGUGUCCUCUAAUAAGCACCCAUGGAAAGAGCUCCACUGUGGUGAAUGUAGUCUCUGUCUACUGAACAUAACUAGAUCCUCAGAGAACAUCAUUUCAUCUAGCCAUGGAAACUUCAGGAUAAUGGGAAAGACAUUGUCUUUAACGAAGCACCUUGAAGACUGGGUGAUGAGCCUGGCCAUGCCUUCUAUCCCAGUACAUGGGAGGCAGAGGCAGAGGCAGAGGCAGAGGCAGAGG